AUGAAUACGCUACAGUUACUGGGAGUUUUGCUAAUUGGAACGCUAAUAGAUCCAGUUUAUAGCUGUUUCGGUGGUGGUUCAUGCUGCUGUCCACCAGCAAAACCAUCUUGUGGUUGUGCUAGUACCUGUGGUGGUGGUGGAGGAUAUGCAACGCCACCAAAAGGAUAUGCAGCACCUCCUCCACCUCCUUCCUAUGCGGUACCUCCACCACCACCACCACCACCACCACCACCACCUCCUUCCUAUGCGGCACCACCUUCCUAUGCGGCGCAACCUCCACCUCCUUCCUAUGGGGCACCACCUGCGCCGUAUGCAGCACAACCUGCUUAUGGAGCACCAUCUUACGGAGCUGCACCAUCAUACAGUGGAGGAGGAGAUGCUUACGGAGGAGGAGGAAGAGCAAUCUAUGAUGGAGGAGUUGGUUACGGAAGCAGCGGUGCUUCACAAUACGGCGGAGGUGGAGCAGCGGGCGGAAUAUACGGAGGGGCUGCACCUGAAUUACCACCACCACCGCCACCUGCACAACAGGUCAAUCAGCAACCGUUUCAGGAGCAGUCAUCAGCACUGACUGCGGAAGCUCCUCCUAUGGCUGCACCUGCUCCAGCACCUUCAUAUCAGGAGCAAUCACAACCGCUACCAGCUCCAGCUCCCGGACCAUCAGCAUUUGCGGAACAAGGUAGCAGUGGAGCUCUUGCACAAACAUAUCAAGAAGCCGGCAGUGAUACAGCGAUAGCUGGUAGCCAGGCGGGCAGUGGUUACCGUGAUCGAUUGAAGUUUGCAAAAGUCUUCAAGCAACGAUUGGCGAGUUAG